AAGGCGCGGGAGUGGCGUUGCUAUGCACAGGAUGCGCUUGACUUCGAUAUCUCUGGCAAUGGCUGUGUGGACGACUGUGGGAACUUCACAUCGUGCCGUGGUGCGGUGAAUGGCACUUCGUCUACACACCUGUCCCGUGUAGGCCAGCUCACGGACUUCAUGAACAGCAACAGAGAUUUCUACUGCCUUUCGUCGACGGAGGAAGCGCCUGUUGAAUCCGAAGACGUGGACUCCGCUGAAGCGUCUGAGUCAACAACGCUGUCAUCCAAUCCCACCUCCAACCUCCAGUCAGCCUUGGACAAGGUUUGCGCUGAGGAGGGAAAGAAAGCCUGCGAACAAGGGCUGAAAGCCUACUGCGACGCUGAUAUGUUCGCACGCCACGACGUCGGAACUGGGAGCCAGAGGAACAGGGAGUGGCGCUGCUAUGCGCGGGAGUCGUUGGACUUCGGCAUAUCUGGCGAUGGUUGUGUUGACGAUUGUGGAAAUGCCACACCGUGCCUUGGUGCGGUAAACGGUACCUCCACUACACACCUCUCUCGUGAUGCUCAGGUAGGCUCAGCGAUUAACGCAAACAAGGAUGAAUUCUGCGGACGUGCAUCAGAAUCACCUGCGGCACCGGAGGAGUCUGUCGAGGUGCAGGAGACGACGGCACCCCCGUCCAGCGGUCCGUCCCAACUGCAGGAGGUCUUGGACAACCUUUGCGCGGAGGAGGGGAGGCGCGCCUGUCAAGGAGGGCUGAGCGCUUACUGCGAAGCUGAUAUGUUCGCGCGUCACGACAUGGGAACUGAACAGCAGCGGACGAGGGAGUGGCGGUGCUAUGCGCAGCCUUCCCUAGACUUUGACAUAUCCGGCGAUGGUUGUGUGGACGAUUGUGGAAAUAUCACAUCAUGCCUUGGGGCGGUGAAUGGUACCUCCACUACACACUUAUCUCGUAAUGCUCAGGUAGCCUCAGCGAUUGACGCAAACAAGGGUGAAUUCUGCGGACGCACAUCGGAAUCACCUGCGGCAUCGGAGAAAGAGGAGUCUGUCGAGGUGCAGGGGACAACAACAACCUCACCCAGCGGCCCGUUAAGGAUGCAAAACUUCGUGGACGAAUUUUGUCUGGAGGAGGCAAAGCGCGCGUGCCAAAAUGGGCUGAGCGCUUACUGCGACGCCACUGUGAUCGCGCGUCACGACGUGGGAACUGAACAGCAGCGGACGAAGGAGUGGCGAUGCUACGUGAUUGAUUCCCUAGACUUCGACCUCUCCGGCGAUGGUUGUGUAGACGACUGUGGGAAUAUCAUCUCUUGCCAUGGUGCGGUAAACGGCACCUCUACUACACACCUGACCCGGGAUGAUGCAGUGAACACAGCGAUUGACUCGAAGCUAGACGAAUUCUGCAAUCCUACAUCAGAAUCCCCUGAGGCAUCGGAGAAGAAGGAAUCCGUCGAGGUGCCAGAGACAACAGCGCUGCCGUCGAACCCCCCAUCAAAUCUACAAGCUUUGGCGGAUGGGCUUUGUGCUGAGGAGGGGAGAAAAGCGUGCGGACAAGGGCUGCAAGCCUACUG